CAGUGCCACGUCAGCAGUACCGCGUCAUUGACACCGUACAGCUAACUGCAGCUUAUGCUCCGACGCAGCAACCGCAUUGCAGCACGGGAAGGGCGGGCAGCCGCAGCAGAACAGCAGCUACCUCCGCCCCACCCCUCUGAAAUGGACACUCAGGGCAACCCCAAGGUGGACAAUGCCGCAUCCGGCAGUCCACACGAGGCAUGCAGCUCGAACCCCGUGGCCCCACAGGCCCAACAGGAGGGUUCCACUGCGACUUCUGCGGGAACCCUCGACGCUGCACCAGUCCGGCGGCAAGGAGAGACCAUGACAGCCUUCCUGGCCCGCUUGGGCACCUAUAUGGAGCAAGUCCAAGAGGAGCAGCAACGCGAGGCGGCACCCGAAGCAGCACGCCUGAAUGCCAUUGCACGCGCAGAAGAGCAACGACGCCGGCAGCAAGCUGACGCAGCUGCCAACCACAACCAAGCUCGAAGAGAUGCCGCGUCUGUCCUCAUGCAGCAGGAAGCCGCUCAUACCGCCGCACUCCAAGCAUGGCAUGUUGAUCCGGCGGAAAUGACGGAACCAACUACGGAGGACCAGACUAAGUCAGCUCUCGCCAGCAUGAUGCACCAAGUCAUCCUCACUUGUAACUGGCAACAAGUGGAGCUGGCUCGGCAGGCACGUACCAUCACUGCGUAUGAGGAGACUCUCAAGAGCCUCCACGCCCGCCUUGACAUGCUGGAGAAGGAUGAUGUGCCGCACACACACACGGCAUCGUCAAGCAUGGAUCAAUCGAUCCGCGAGCUGGAAGGACGACUAUUUCACCUAGUCGAGAUGAUCGGCAACUUGAACAGUUUCCGACACCCGACGACCAUCAGCCAGCAAAUAGCCGCUCUACAAGCGGAUCUGCGUCAACUGCAACAGCAACCAACUGGGACCUGCAACAGCGUGACGCCUAAACAAUUCAAGGUGCCGAAGUUCAGCAUCGACAAAUUUGAUGACUACCACAAGGCGGACCCCAUCAGUUGGUGGCAAGGGUUCACCAAUGAGCUCUCCAUCCACGUGUGGCUCAACCACCUGGCUCAAACCGAGGGCGUCAAAGUCUCUAAGCUUCACUCCAAGAUCACUUGGGAGGCCAUGACUGAGAAGUGGCGGAAACGCUUCAUUGUCGACGACGCUCAGGGCAAAGGCGUGAACAGGAUCUUCAGCAUGCGUCAAGGCAGCCAGCCAACACGCGAAUGGCUAACCGAGUGGCAGAAAAUCGUGACGAUUCCGAAUUUGGACAUCCCAUUCGUACAUCUUCGUCGCAAAUUCUUCCAGCGGUCAGUGGACGCGUUGAGCACGGCCCUUGGGGAGCGCAGCCCGUACACGGACUUCGACCAAAUCGUGGAGAAGGUGCUCGAAGUCAUCCAAACCAAUCGGUGGGCAGCCAACGAGCGGCGAAGCCAACCGACUUUUGUGGAAAAGUGCAAAGGCCCGCAGCCGCAGCAAGUCGCUGCUGUCCAAGGAAAUGGACAAGAGAACGACCAGGCGAUGACUCAAGAGUCUAGGGAAGGAGACGAAGUCAACGCCCUUCCGCCACGACGCAACAACAACAACAAGAAGAAAAAGGCGAAAUCUGCGUCAACAACGGAAGCCGGACAACCGAAUGAGCCAUGGAAGAAGUUCAACCUCACAGAGGAGCAAUACAAACUCCGCUAGAGGUGGAGCUGUUGCUACUGGUGCAACAGCACCAAGCAUAUGACGUCGCAAUGCUCUGACAAAGGCAAAGAAGACGUCCGUCCAUGGCAAAG